AUGAAGCACAACUCCGGAGUAUGGCAGAGUCUUGAGGAGAGCUGUUUCUCUCUUCAAGAGCAGCUCUCCGCCGCACCUUCCGGAUGCGCCAGGCCACGAGCGGCUUGCGCCGAGUUUCUGGCCGCGCCGCGACCGGUGGAAGCACGAGCCAGCCGCUUCCUCCAGUCAGGACGCGCUAACAGCUCGUUCGGCGACUUCGGCCACAAAAGGCGCCCAGAUGGGGGUGUGAAAGAUGCAGAUGGAGGCGCCAUCAUCGAGGAGACGACGUGCCCCAAGCUCGGCCUCGCAGAAAACGAGCACGGCACCGGCCUGAAGGCCGGGCACCUCCAGCUGGGGCUCUCAGCCAUCUUCGUGCUUGGGAUACCGAUUGGCAUCGUCGGAGGGUGCUUGUACCAGGUGUACGAGCGGAUUGCCAAAGCCCGCGCAAAGGCCGCGAAGGAAGCAGAAGCUGCCAAGGCUAAGGCGAAAGCAAAGUUCAAGAUGAAAGCGAAGGCGAAGCCCAAAGCUCGUGCCGACGAGGACAGCAGCUACAGUGACGACGACUAG